AUGUCUUUAACCAAUUCCUUUGCCACCCCGUUACUUUUGCUUUUAUAUGUUGUUUUAUUCUCAGUUACUGAUGCAGAAGAAUGCGAAGUAUGUGUGGGGUUUUUGGGCCGGCUUUAUAACUCACUGGUGAUCAGGCACACAGAAUUGUCCCCAGAGCUGGUGGAGGAGAGUCUGAUCGGAGCCUGCGCCGAGACUACUGGGAAAGAGAAUCGACUUUGUUAUUACCUGGGAGCCUCCAGUGAUGCUGCAGCCAAAGUGACAGGUGAGGUGAUCCGCCCCCUCAGUGCACAUGUUCCUGUCCGCAAAAUCUGCCAGAGACUUCAGCGCAUGGACGGCCAGAUCUGCGAGCUCAGAUAUGAGCAUCCUGUUCUUGACUGGAGCAGGGACGCUUUGUCUAAAAUGCGAGUGUUGGAGCUGAAAAGAGUCUUGGCCUCGUGGGGGGAGGAGUGCAGAGUCUGUCUGGAGAAGAGUGAAUUUAUUAAUCUCAUCCAGGAGGUGGCCCCCAAACACAGCACAGCGCAGCACAGAAUGCAUUCGGAAGAGUUCUGA